AGAAGAUGGCGCUGAGGCCGGUGAUCCCGCGGCUGCAGGGCCAGCGCGUGGUGCUGGCCAGCGCGUCCCCGCGCCGCCAGGAGAUCCUCCGCAACGCCGGCCUGCGGUUCGAGGUGAUCCCGUCGCGGUUCAGGGAGACGCUGGACAAGGCCUCGUUCCCAGACCCGCCGGCCUACGCGGUGGAGACGGCACGGCACAAGGCCCUGGAGGUGGCACACAGGCUGCACCAGAAAGACCAGCGCGCCCCCGACCUCGUGAUCGCCGCCGACACCAUCAUGUUGUCUCGUCGCUUUCCCCGUCGCCGUGCCUCCAUCGUCCCACCGCCCGCCUCCCGGAACGUGCCGGAAACCGCCCUGGCGUCGUCCCGCCGUCCCCCUCCCGGAAUGUUCCGGAACAGCGUCCUGGGAGCUCUCCCACGCGCCGCCUGUCAGACACCCGCCCGUCCCCCGGCCCCAUCCGUCAGUCAGUCUCCACGCGCCCCCGCCGGUCCCCCCAACGACCCCACGUUCCGGAACGUGCCGGGACACCGCGGAACGUUCCGGAAAUUUCCGCAGGCCGUCGACGGGCUGAUCCUGGAGAAGCCGGCCGGCGAGCAGGACGCCUUCCGCAUGCUGUCCAGGCUGAGCGGGAAGGAGCACAGCGUGUUCACGGGCGUGGCCGUCCUCCGCUGCUGGAACGAAGAAGGCGGCGGGCUGCGCGCGCGGGGGGCGGAGUUCUCCGAGGAGACGCGGGUGACGUUCUCGGAGCUGUCGCCGGAGCUGCUGUGGGACUACGUGCGCAGCGGGGAGCCCAUGGACAAGGCGGGCGGCUACGGCAUCCAGGCGCUGGGCGGCAUGCUGGUGGAGCGCGUGAGCGGCGACUUCCUCAACGUGGUGGGCUUCCCGCUCAACCGCUUCUGCAGGGAGCUGGACCGCCUCCUCCCCGAAGGCGACGGCGGCGGCCAUGAUGCCCGCGGGCCCGACGCGACCACCCCGCCCCCGCCCGAGGGACUCCUGCAGCUCGCGGACGGCCGCAAGGCAUCCUGGGCUCUGUUCUCGGCGUUCAGGAUGAAGGUGGUUGACGACAGGCGGAGGUGA